ACGUUGGCAUUUUUCAUUGCCGUCGAUGGGAUUCUCCUACAGCUCUGAUUGAGCUCGCUGCUCUGUUUGUUGAGGCUGGUGGAUGUUUUUGUGAGGAUAGGUGCUACUCCUCUUUCUGGAGCCAAUCAGUGACAAGGUCAGGGGUCACCGCUAUAUCAGCUCUGCAGUCAGACGACUCUUUUUUGUAUUACAACGACGAGCAAGCAACGAACAUUUGGAGUUUUUACACCGGAGCAACUCUGAAGACACUUUAAACUUGAUCUCAGUUCGUCUCCCGCAGUCAUGGCACCGAUUUUACUGAACUGUAUGGGGAAUGACCCCAAUGACUAUAUCAAACAACACGUCCAAGUGAAAAAUCCCUACUUGGACGCCAUGGAGGAGGAUAUUCUCUACCACUUGAGCUUGAGCAACAAGACUCACAACCUUCCGGAAAUGUUUGGCGACAUUAAGUUUGUGUGUGUUGGUGGCAGUGCCAAUCGCAUGAAGGCCUUUGCCCAGUUCAUCCACCAGGAGCUGCAGCUGCCUGGAAACCCAGAGGAAAUGAUUGACAUCUGCGAGGGAACUGACCGCUACUGCAUGUACAAAGUGGGACCAGUGCUGUCUAUAAGUCACGGCAUGGGCGUCCCCUCCAUCUCCAUCAUGCUGCAUGAGCUCAUCAAACUGCUGCACCAUGCCCAGUGUCGUGAUGUGGUCCUCUUUCGCCUCGGAACAUCCGGUGGAGUCGGCCUGGCUCCAGGGACGGUGGUCAUCACAGAUAAAGCGGUGGACUACUCCUUCCGCGCCCAGUUUGAGCAGGUGGUUCUGGGCAAAGUCAUCACCCGGAGCACUGAGUUGGACGAGGGGGUGGCCAGUGAACUUCUGCAGUGCUCCUCCGAGCUCCAAAGCUUUCCGUCAGUGAUCGGAAACACCAUGUGCACCCACGACUUCUAUGAAGGUCAAGGCCGACUUGACGGAGCGCUCUGCUCCUUCUCUCACGAAGAAAAACUGGAAUAUCUGAGGAAAGCGUACGAAGCUGGAGUGAGGAAUAUUGAAAUGGAGUCCACCGUAUUUGCUGCCAUGUGCCGUGUCUGCGGCCUCAAAGCGGCUGUGGUCUGUGUUACACUGCUGAACCGCUUCGAUGGAGACCAGAUCACUUCCUCUCACGAUGUGCUGGUGGAGUACCAGCAGAGACCUCAAGUGUUGGUGGCCCACUUCAUCAAGAAGCGCCUGGGACAUGUUGUCUGAGACGUCUGCACCUCCCGUCCCAACCCCAGCCUGCCCAAAAGAUGUAUAUAGCCUUGAUUGAGAUGUGGAUAUGUAUAUAUACUGUACUUGUUAAUAUGUGUAUUAGACACCUAUUUAAUACAUUGGUAAGACGUUUAUGAUUUCACUGAUGAGCUAAAAUAAGCUAAGCUAUAUAUAUAAAUAAAUGUAUUGUAUCUCGUAAUAUUUAAUACUCUGUUGCUUAUAUGUAGUAAAUUUCUUAAUAAUGUCUUUAUGCCAACUUCCACUUUUAACUCAAGAAAUGUCCAGUUUUUCAGCCUCUCAUAGUUCUUUUGCCUGAUAUAAAAAAAAACAAAGCUCAUUGUCCCACUGGGGUGAGGAAUUGAUCUUAGAGAGACGAUUCCAAAUCAUAGGAGUUCAACAUGUAAUGGAGGUUUGUAUUUGCGCAAGGUUUUAAAGGAAAAAAAAAGAAAUUGCAUGAUACUGUAUUUCACAUUGGAUCCUGUAGAGUGUAAAACCUGCAAUAAAACUUAAUAAUGGUA